CGCCUCUGAGCUGCGUCCUCCACAAAGCCCGCUGGGGCGCGCUAGUCUCCUCCAGGCUCCUUGUAGAGCUGCCUGGCAGCCCUUUAGGCUUCCUUGCCUCCAUCUUGCACCGUGCAGGUUUUGGAAGACAAGAGUUACUUCUUGCGUGUCCGGUUAUCUUCAGCCUCCUACAGAAAGACUAUGCCAAGACCCCGGAAGAGGCUGACUGCGGCUGCCGGCCCAGAUAAGAAGGAGCUAUCAGAAAAACGUACUAAAACUGAAAACUCAGAAAAUACAUCAGUUAACCUAGAAAACUCCAGCCCUCCGAAGACUUCAGCCUCUAAAAACUGUGGCAAGAAUUUAAACAACUACUGGCUGAUGAAGUCAGAGCCAGAAAGCCGGCUAGAGAAAGGUGUAGACAUGAAGUUCAGCAUCGAGGAUCUCAAAGCACAGCCCAAGCAGACAGCAUGCUGGGAUGGUGUUCGCAACUAUCAGGCUCGGAACUUCCUCAGGGCCAUGAAGUUGGAGGAAGAAGCCUUCUUCUACCACAGCAACUGCAAACAGCCAGGCAUCGUGGGACUUAUGAAGAUUGUAAAGGAGGCUUAUCCAGACCACACACAAUUUGAGAAAAAUAGUCCCCAUUAUGACCCAUCCAGCAAAGAGGACAAUCCUAAAUGGUCGAUGGUGGAUGUUCAGUUUGUUCGAAUGAUGAAGCGUUUCAUCUCCCUGGAUGAACUUAAAGCCUAUCACCAAACCCACAAGGCUACUGGUGGCCCCUUAAAAAGCAUGACUCUGUUCACUCGCCAGAGACUUUCAGUUCAGUCUUUGACUCAAGAAGAGUUUGACUUUAUUUUGAGCCUGGAAGGAACAGAACCAAGUUAAUGAAGGGUCUAUUGAUGGAGUGAACAAGCCAUCGAUCUACAAAGUCAAGAUUUUAUAAGACAGAAAGUUUGCUGUUUCUACCUGGGAUCAAGUACAUGGGUGGUUUGUUAAUUUCCCCAAUAAAAGAUUUAAUGACAAGG